UCGACUCCUAAUUGAAACAGACAUUUGUCCCAGUCGUCUUAAAGCGGAGCAUACAAUCAACAAAGUGAGAUGGCGGAACCAUCAUCAUCACAUUCAUCAUCUCAUGGGAAAAGGAAGCGAGCAUGCUCUCCUAAUGACAAUGCCAGUAGUUCACCAGGCAGAACCAAAAACAGCACAAGCCUUGAGGACAACCUUAUAUUCACUGAUACGUUGAUAGCUCUACAAUUGAUGCGCGCACAAUUCCCAAAGCUAGAGAAGGUUGUGACACAGCCAUUCAUUUUGCAAUCCCAAUUGUAUAGCAGCGUGAAGGACAGGACUCAAGUUGAUAGAGAUUUGGAGUCACUGAAGAAAGACAGAGUACUCCGAGUAUUCAAACUCAGUACUGGUCAGGAUGACCAUGCUAUCAUGUUCAUGGAUGAUUAUCUGAGACAGAUGGAGUUUGCUAUCAGGAGGUCAACGGGUAAAAAACAAGAUGGUAGUGAAGUGUUUGAGUGGUUUGAGAAAUAUGUUCUGCAUUCGAAAUUGGAUGUUAGCAUAAAUCACCUAGAGCUGUGUUCACUGUUAUCAUGUGGUGGUGAUGCGAAAGAUAAACAUAUCACAGUAUUGAUGAAUGCUGGCCUCCUAACGCGCCAGCUAAUAGAUCCAAACAUGUACUGGUUUUCUAUUCCAAGUAUUGGUCCAAUCUUGAAAGGCCUAUCCCAGGGGAGGAAGGAAGUUCUUUCAUUACUGAACCGUCGGAAGUACAAGGAGAUGCUAGUGUCUUCACUGGAGAAGACGAGGUUGAGGACAUCGCCUCUAGACGUGCGGUUCCACCUCCGCGAUCUUAUCGGGUCUGGUCACAUAAAGACGGUUCAGACACCCACCGGCUUACUUGCUCGUGUAUCAACAGAUUGAUAAUCAAACAGUUUUGGAUCAAUUAAUCUUACUUUCUCUUCCUUGCUGCGUAACUACCCAGCUUCUGUGCUUCUGAUUAUGUUUUAUGUUAUGGCGAUUUUGGCUUCUUUUGACGUCAGGAGUACUUGGAGCUAUCUUAUUGGUUCCUGCA